AUGAGGAAGGCCGACGAAGGAGGUGUUUGUAGCCUUGUGCUUUCUGAAGAUUGGACGGCCUCUGUUGUACACAACCUUCAAGCCCUGGUUUCCUCCUGUGCUGUGGUGCCCUGCUCAUUCAAGCAUCCUCAUGGAGCUUUGUCUUCCCCAAGACUCAGAGGCAUCUGGCAUCAUAAAAACGACAGAAACCAAAUCAUCUACCAUGAUGAUAACACAAAAAUCUUGGACAGCUUCAAGGAGCGAACAAAGCUGUUGGGACACCUUGGUCAGGCGAACUGCACCUUAGAAAUAAUGCAGGUUAAAAAUCAUGACAACGGCCCUUUCUGUUUCCGGAUCGAACUGGUUAAAACAGAUGACAACAAGCCCACCGCGAACAAGUUCUCUUUUGUUGAAGACUGUGUUGAGAUCACCAUGCUUUAUGAGCCUCCAAAACCUACACUGGGACCAUUUAAGGUGGCCAUUCCUGAAAAACCUUUCACAAUCACAUGUUCAGUUCGCCAUACCUGUCCGUCACGCAUGCCCAAACUGACGUGGAGUAAGGGAGCCACGGAGGAGAUCACCGAGAUUCAUAAAGACUUGAGUGCUGGGAUAUGGGAGACACAGUCCAUCCUGACGUUUAUUCCUCAGGAGAAGGAUGACGACACUGAGCUGACGUGCUCAGCGCUCUUCAGUGGAGGGGCGCAGUCCCAUACGAGUUUAACACUCAACGUGAAACGUAUUAUAAACCAUAAUCACAUCAUCAUUCCUAUCGCAGUGGCAUUAGCUACUGCUCUGCUCUUUGGAGGCCUCUGCAUUUUGAUGGUGAAAAAGUACAAGACGCGCAUUGAGGAGCUUCAAAACCAGGAUGGCAGCGUGUGGAACCGGAUGUCCAGAAUGUCUCGUAGGCUUCGUUCUGGCGGUAGAACCACAGAUGGAGGAUCACUUGGAUCUGAGCAAAGUCCUCUGUCACCUGCCAUGCCCACUCUUCACUCGCUGAUCAUCAGCGCUUAUUCACCACACCUGUUCAUGCUCAUAUUUAAGGACUCCUCUCCCAACUCCUCUCCCAACUCCUCUCCAUCAGAUUAG